AAUGGUAUUCCACUGCUAUUUGAAUUGCUUGCAAGUUGUAAGCAUGCUUUAGUGCAAUAGAUUACUGAAGUUUGUAACAUUUUUUAUCUUGAUUCUACAGUUAGUGAUGACCUGGUCUAUCAAUUUAUAUCAAUUUCUCCAGUUUCUGAAUAUUUCUCUGACCUGGUUCGCAGAUUAAGCGAUCUAUGCUUUCACUUAGAUGAUUUUGUCUAUGAUAAAGGGUAUGCUACUCGAAUAUUUUUUUUAUCAAAUAAUUGUUGGUACUUUAUAGGCAUUAAAAUAGUUCUAACUUAUGGAGCUAACUGCCCUACACUGUAGCAAGAAAAUGGACACUCAAAAACGAAGAAAUGGGGUUAUUCUUGAAUCUGACGAAAUUGCAGAUGAACUGUACUACUUUAAAGACAUUCUUAGUGUUGGCGAGCCUCAUUUGACUAGACUGGUUACGGAAAAUCUUCUGAAUGGGCUUGUGUUUCCUUUACUAUUCUCAUUUAUGGCUUCAAAGAAUAAAAAUGUGCAAGAUGCAAAACUUUCCUGCAAACUAGUAUGCCUUUAGUUUUAGUUUCUCUCUGCCUUUAUAUCAUACAUAUAUUAACUUUAGUGUUCAAGUCUGUUAAUUAUGAUAGGGUAGUGCCCUCCAAUUUGUGAAUAUUUAGGGAUUUGACUCCUUUAAAGUGACAUGUAUAAAGUGAGAAAGUAAGAGUGUAUCCAUCCUUGAUUUGAAAUGAGUUUAAUACAAGGUACUUUAAUUAAAAUCAAGGUGAACACACCCUUACUUUCUUACUUUAUUCACCUUCUCUCUUUAGACAACCUAUAUCCAAUAUUUGAUCUAUACUCUAUAGCAUGAAAGAAUGGGAAUUUCCCCACAUGGAAUUCAAUCUUUGUUUUUCUAAGAUCCAUGAAUUUUGUUUUUAUUUUAAUUGAAAAGAGAGGAGAAAAUCAUCAUUUAAAUUAACCAUAAAGUCCACUUCUUACGUUUAAGUAGUUCAUUCAGUUUUUAGACUUAAUCAUUUUAGAAGAGAGAACUGUCGCACCAUCAUAAUUGAAUAAUUUUGUCUCUCUUGUACUUGUAUUUUUCAUGCUUCUUAUAGUGUGCUAAUAAUAAAAUUGAACAAAAAUCUGAUAUGAAAGGAAAGAAACAUGAAAAUAAGCUUGGUGGAAACUCCUGCAAUUGAGUUGCUUGUCACACUUGCAUAUUAUUCCAUAUUUUUUUCAUGUGAUGUACUCAUUAAAACUAUAAUCUUUUCCCCAUGGAUCUGAUUUGUCUGCUACAACUUUGCUAUAUAUCAUAUCCCGCCUUCUUCAGGUUGUUGGUGGAAGAAGCAUGAUUAAUAAUGUGGCUGAUGUUAUCUUGUAUCAUAUAUUGAACUUAAAUGUGAGUAUUCCAAGUGAAGGGAAUCCUUCUGAUGUCCAUGAUGAUGUUAGAACUUUUUCAAAGUGCUUGAAUGAAGUGGAAAAAGUUAUAUGCAUGAGUCAAAUGGAUCUGAGAGUAUCAAUGGGAUCUAUUUAAGUGCUAAUUGGGAAGGUUUCAUGUCUAGUUUCAAUAUUAAUAGCUCAAACGGUGAAAUUUGUUCCAAAAGGUUGGUGGUUUGUAGAUUUUGUUAUUGUUUUUUUCAUCAUAGACUUUAUAGUGUUGAGACACUUUUGUUCUAUCUUGUCCACCUUUUGUUUUUGUGUAUGUGCCAGGGGGAGGACCUGUGGUGGUGGGGAGAUCAAAGGAGAAAUCUUGUUAGUUAGAAGGAUUGGGAUCCAUAAAGGAUAAUGGUUGUUGAUAAAUGACUAUGCCAGAUUAGAAAUAAUGUUAUACAAAAUGUGUUGCUGGUUGAUGUCAUAGUUUGUCCUAGUUGGAUUUUGGUUUCCAUUGAUUGAUUGAAGCUUUGCAUAAUCUAAUCAUCGACUUCAUUCUAAUAUAUUACUUAAGCUUUUAGGAUUGUAGUUUGCUUUUCCUUCUUUUCUUAUAAGCUUCAUGAUUAUGUUAAGAGUUUCAUGAGAAAGCUAGAUCCCAAAAUAAAUGAUGAUUGUAUUUUAUCCAAUUCAAAUUUGAUUUUUUUUUCUUGGUGAAUUAAUGCUUUUAUGUUUUCAUGAAGAACUUGUUCUUCAACAAGGGUUUGCAAUGCAGCUCCUGACAUCAGGAGGAGUGGAAUCUUUGCUUUUGUUUUCUGUAAGGAUCAAAGCAUAUUGUUAGCUUCAAUAUUUCUCUUGCUUAUUCUGACUGAAAGUAAAGUUUUGCAGAUCUUGAUUGUAUCCUAUCUCCAAUGAGUGGGCUAAGUGAGAAGAGGUAUGGAUGGUUGAUGGAGUCUCAUAAGUUCCAUUUCAUGUUCUUGAAGUUUUCCAAAGAAAGUGGCGAGAGUCAUGUUGGGUGGUGCUUGCAAAAGCUACUCAUCUUCCAUAGAGAGGGACUUAGUGGAGAUAAUCUUCUCCUAUUCAUUACUUCAUAUGAUCAGUCUCGUGUAAACUUUCUGAAUGAACUUGGUGGAGUUUGGUUCGAUCAUAUUCCAGAUACUCUAAUAACAGAAUUCGCAAGCUGUAAAAGAGUUCUUGAACAAUCUUCCCAAUAUAAAGAUCCAUUAUUUAUGUUGGAGCUUGUUCUUCACCAACAACCCACCAAUGGUCAAACAUCUUCAUAUUUUGCUUGGCAAAGGAUGGUUGAUGCAGUAAAGGCUUUUAUUCUCCACUUCCAGUUGAAGACAUUUAUUUUGAAAGGUGGAUUGGUUGACAAGCCAUUAUUGAACAUGAUUUCCAGUUCUACCAGUGAUUCUAGAGUAAUCCGUUCAUCAGAUGUUUCAUCUGCUAGCUUUGGGUCAAAUGUUUUAUUGGAGUCCGGAAUACCUUGUGGAAUUGCAUUUUCAAAUUCGGAAAUUAGGGAUAUAUAUGUAAUAUCAGUGGCAAGUGGAAUAAUUGGAAAAUUGCUUCUCGUGGAGAAGCACCCAUUCCGCAGUGGACAUGGAGUUGUGAUUGCAAUUGCUCCAUUGGCAGGGUUAUGUCCUAAAAUAGAUGAGGACCACCCCUCAUGGUUGCAUCUUCAAAUUAGAGAAUUUGACCCACAGUUUUAUUCAAUCAAAACCAGAGGAAACAACCUGAGCAUGCCUGAUCAUUUGGCAGAUGGGAGAUGGGCACUUGGUUUGCCGAAUGCAAGAGCUUGUGAAGAAGCUCAAUUAGCGAUUCUGAAUGAAAUUACCAAGCAGAGAUCAGCCGUGGAGUAUAUGCUUGCUCCAUUACUUCAGGAUGAUCUUGAAUAAGCUGAAAGCUGAGGUAGUUGAAGUUGUUAGAAACUUAGAAUUAGAUUUCAUGGUUAGUUUAUAUUAUUUCCCUAUUUGAAUCAUUGUCUCCCUUUUCUUUAAUUUACCUGUAUUUUUCUUUCUUUCUUUCUUAUCUUUAUAUUUCGGUUCUAUAUGGGAAUAGGGUUAUAAUUUUGCAUAUUAAUAAUUAGGGUAGAUUAUUUUAUGCUAUUGCUGCCAACAAGCAAACUUGUGAAGCAUUUGAUACCUAUCAAGGUAUAGUCUAAAGAGAACAUCACAUAAUAAAUGCUUAAGUUACAAGACA